AUGCUCGUGCUAGGCGUUUCGGUUGCUGCUCUCAGGCUCACAACGCCUACAAGACCCGCCCUUCACCCUGCCCUCGCUCUCGCUCCUCAUCUCCUCCUCGCUCUCUCGAUCAUCUCCUCGAUCGCCUGGAUCGCGUGGGUGCACGUUCGGGCGGCGCGAAGACGAGACGCGGCGCAUGCGACGGUCAGCAAUGGCACGGCGGGCUCGCUUGCGGAGCGGCAGCCUCUGCUGAACGGCGAGGACGACUCGGUGCGAAGUGGGGUGAAGUUGGGAGGAGAGGACAGCGAGGGCCCGACAGGCUGGGAGCUCUUGCUGGGCAUCGCAAAGGUCUUGGUCGCAGUGGCGCUGGUCGGCGUGACCGUCGGAAAGUUGCUGGGCGUGGAGGACGGCUCGAAAACGCGGUGGACGAGGGUUUUCGAAGGUGGAAUGAUCGCUGUGCCCGCCUACGUCGUCGUGAUGAGCGCCGCGAUCAUCGCCGACAAUCGACUCACGCAACUUGUUCGCAUCCAGCAGGCUGCAGUGAGCAGCGGACUCGUGCUGUUCUCGGCAGCCGUCUUCGUUUGGCCUUUCCUCUUCUUCGACCACCCUACCCUUACAGCAGCAUGGCGACUGGGCUUUGUCCAAGCAGCACUGGCGACAACCCUCUGCCUCAUCAUGCUUGCGACGCCUACACGAUACCAACCUCGACUCACCGGCGCACCGCCAAAUCCUGCUCAGGCUGCUUCACCCCUCUCGCGCCUCUUCUUCUCCUUCCUCGAGUCGCGCAUGGUCCGAUACUACGCCGCGACCUCUAGUCGACUCGAUCGCUUCCUACGACUUGACUACACCGCCAAAGACUUUGCGUCCUACGUCCCUCCGCUUUCGGACAUAUUGCACUCCGACUACGUUCUGCGCCGCUUCCGCUGGACGGGCGACCCGGUCAGCAGUCGCGACGACGACGAAGAUGGCGAGCAAGAGGAGCCUGCACCCCGCACGGGCGAGAUCCUCCAGUUCGCCAUGGAGAACAAGAAGGACUUGCUCAUCAUCGUCGCCUUUGCGUCCUCCUGGAUCGGCUGGAUCUUCGUUACGCCCCUCUCGAUGAACCUCCUUCUCCGAUACGUCCAGCAAUCCGAGUCGCCACCGUUCGGCCUCUCGCCUUACCUCUUCGUCGUGCUGAUCCUCGUUGCGCCAAUCGCCUCGUCGGUCAGCUACCAGUCCGCCCUAUACCGACUCGCGCUACUCGGUCUACGACUACGGGCGGUGCUCGGUCACGCCAUCUACGCCAAGCUCCUGCGUAUCAAGGCGGGUGGUGGAAGCGAGAAGCACGCGGAGAAGGGGAAGCCGUCAAAACAGACGAGCGGUGCGGGUGGCAGUGAAGCGGUCGGACGCGUCAACAAUCUCGUCGGCACCGACAUUGACGGGAUCACUUCUUCCCUCGCAUCCGCCCUCCAACUUCUCGGCGUCCUUCCAAAGUUGGUCGUCUCCCUCGUCUUCCUGUACUUCCUCCUCGGCUGGUCCGCCUUCGUCGCUCUCGGUUCCAUCGUCCUCUUCGCACCCAUCUCCAACGUUGUCAGUCGCCGCUAUGGCGCUGUGCAGGAAGAGAUCAUGCAGGCCACGGACAAACGGAUCACGCUCGUUCAGGAGCUGCUCAACUCGAUCCGCACACUUAAGAUGUUCGCGUGGGAGAAACCGAGCAUGAAGCGCAUUGGCGAAGCGAGGGACAUGGAGCUUGGGCGCAUCACGAAGCGUGCCAAGGUGUACGGCGGCAUGAUGUUCCUGUCGACGGGAGUUCCUGCCGUUGUCACCCUCAGCACGUUCGGCGCCUACAUCUUCCUCCAGCACCAGUCGCUUACCGCCUCGACCGCCUUCACCGCCAUGAGCCUGUUUGGACUCUUGCGCGAAGCCGUCAUCUCCGCCACCUAUCUCCUCUCGGCCUUCAUGCGCGCGCGCGUCUCGCUCGGACGAAUCACGCGUUUCAUCCAGGACACCGAAGAGCUCGACGAACGUGCGCGUACCUUCGUCGACUCACCCUCCGCCGGCUCCUCUACAGCUAUCAACGGCGACGCAACAGACGAGGCCGGUAUCGCCAUCGAAGCCGACUCUAUUUUCCGCUUCUCUCGCUACGACGAUGCCGCUUUCACGCUCACGCUGACCGGCGACGGCGGUUCGACCCUCCGCUUCCCUCGCGGGAAGACCACGAUUAUCGCUGGCGACGUCGGCAGCGGCAAGAGCGCCUUGCUUCUCGCCUUACUCGGCGAGCUCCACGUCGUCAGCGGAGGCGUCCAGCUCCGCUCGCCACACAGGGACAGCGUGCCCAAGCUGUCGUUCGCUGCGCAGAGUCCCUGGCUGCAGGACACGUCCGUUCGCCAGAAUAUCCUCUUUGGCGAGGAGUAUGACGACGAGCGGUACCGCGAAACGAUCUUCGCCUGCGCUCUUGAAGACGAUCUGGAGGCUCUACCGGAGGGCGACGAGACUCGCGUCGGUGAGCGAGGACUCUCCAUCGGGCAAAAGCAGCGCAUCGCCCUCGCUCGAGCCAUCUACGCCCGCAGCGACAUCGUCUUGCUUGAUGAUGUCCUUUCAGCCCUCGACAGCAAUAUGGUUCAGCACGUCGUCGAGCACUGCCUCGAUGGACCGCUUCUCGAAAAUCGCACCGUCGUGCUCGUCACGCAUUUCACGAGUCUCUGCGUCCGCAAGCUGCAGAGGUGUGCACUCGUCGUCGAAUUGCACGACGGCAAGGUGACGAAGGCCGCAGCACCGUCGACACAGCUCGAAGCGAAGUCGAACGGCAUGACUCGGUCAUCCUCGUCGACGUCUUUGCGGAGCGAGCGGUCCAAUCCGUCGAAGGGCAGCAAGAACGGCUUCCACGCUGCGGAAGUCAAGCACGGACGCGGCGUCGACGAGAACCGGAUCGACUCGUCCGGUGAAGGGACCGACAUCUCGUGGACGGUCUACCGCAAGUACGCCGCAGCAAUGGGCGGACUCAAGUUCUGGAUUCCUUACGCCGUCGUCAACAUCGUCGCACACGUCUUUAUGCUGGGCCAGGGCUGGUUCGUCGGGCGGUGGGUCGGGGCGCCGGAUCGCGACGUUCGCGCGGCUCGCUACUUCUCGCUCUACGCCGGCAUACAGAUUGUCGCCUCCGUCUCCCUUACCGCCAUGUACCUCCUGCUCAUCUGGGGUGGCAUUCGAGCGUCCCGCCUGAUGCACCGUCGUCUCACCGACCGGAUCUUCGCAGCACCCUUCCGUUGGUGGGAUCGGACGCCUGUCUCGCACGCCAUCAACCGGUUCUCGAAGGACACCGAGGUCCUCGACACCGAGCAGGUGGAGAAUUUGAGCCCAGUGCUCGACUAUGGCUGCCAAGUCCUGUUCGUCGCCGUCGUGAUCUGCGUCGCCCUUCCCGUCUUCUUGCUUCCGGCGGCAAUCAUCAGCGCCGUGUUCUUCUGCAUCGGCCGCCUCUACGUCCGGAACGCGCUUGCCGCACGCAAGGAGGUCGCCGCGGCACGCGCGCCGUUGUUCUCGACGCUGGGCGACUCGACCUCCGGCGUCACGACCAUCCGGGCUUUCGGUCGACAAGAACAUUUCGCGCGCCAAUACAAGGAGCAGACGGAUACGUACAACCAGGUGCAACUAUACGCCGAGGGACUUGAUCGAUGGCUUGAAGAGCGGUCCGACAUGGUUGGCGCGACCGUCUCUUUCAUCGUCGGCUUGCUCUGCCUCUCGUCAGGCUUGAGCUCUGGAGUGACCGGCUUCUUGAUUUCCACCGGCCUCGAGUUCACGUCGCGCAUCCUCUACGUCGUACGAGCCGUCAACAAGAACGAGCUCAGCCUGAACUCGGUCCAGCGCAUCAUCCAGUACAGUACCGAGGUCGAAACAGAAGAACCGGCGUCCGACAAGAAGGAUCCGCCUGCGCACUGGCCGGACUCGGGCGCCAUCGAGUUCAAGAGUUUCUCGGCCAAAUACUCCGAGGGGGGCAAUGACGUUCUGCGUGAACUCUCGCUGUCUAUCAAGAGCGGCGAGAAAAUCGGAAUAGUCGGGCCUUCGGGCUGCGGCAAGUCGACCCUCUCGCUCGCACUCCUCAGGUUCAUUCUCACGUCGAAGGGCUCCAUCGAGGUCGACGGGCGCCGUCUGUCAGAUACCAACCUCCAGGCAAUUCGGUCCCGCUUCACCCUCGUCCCGCAAGAUCCGACCUUAUUCUCUGGCACGCUGCGCUCGAAUCUCGAUCCGAAUGGCGAGCAUGACGAUGCCACGUUGUGGAACGCCAUCAAGCGUAGCGGGCUCGCAAGGGCGGGCAACGGCGAUGGCUUGUCGCUCGACACGCCCGUAGCGAGUUCCGGCAGCAACUUCUCGCAGGGACAGAGGCAGCUGAUUGGUUUGGCGCGGGCUUUGGUGCGGAAUUCGAGGGUCAUCGUGAUGGACGAAGCCACCGCAAGUCUCGACAACGAGUCAGACGAGCUCGUACAGCGCGUUGUCCGCGAAGAGUUCAGAGGCUGCACGAACUUGACGGUGGCGCAUCGCUUGGAAACAAUCAUCGACUUUGAUCGCGUGCUCGUGCUUCGCGGGGGAAAGGUUGUCGAGUUUGACGCGCCUGCAGCCCUCCUCGACAAGCGAGACGGCGCUUUCAGGGAGAUGGUCGAAGCGACGGGCAACUUUAACGAGCUGAAGCGCAAGGCGCAGAAGGGGAAGGCGAAAGGAGGGAGCGGAUCGAAAGGAGCUUGCUCAUAG